AUGAUUUCUCUCAUACUGCUCGUCUUCCUGGUCCAUUUGAUCAUCUACAUUGUAAACACUGUCGGGGCGAGUACGGUAGACAAUCUGUUAUGGCUUCUGUACCUUCGACUCCCCACGCCUCUCCUCAACGACGCCCGAAAACAGCAGGAACUCAAGCGAGAUGUUGUGAAGCUGAAACUCGAAAUGAACUCCACAAGCUCUCAGGAUGAAUUUGCCAAGUGGGCGAAACUGAGACGGCGGCAUGACAAGGCCUUGGAGGAAUACGAAGCAAUGAAUCAAUCCAUCGGUGCUCAAAAAACAUCGUUUCAGUGGAAGAUCAAGACGGCUCGAUGGCUGAGCACAAACGGAUUCAAAAUCUUCCUUCAGUUUUACUACUCGAAAUCGCCCAUGUUCGAUCUACCUCCUGGCUGGCUUCCGUACCCGGUUGAAUGGGUGCUUUCUUUCCCACGAGCGCCGCUGGGCACAGUGAGCAUCCAGGUUUGGGGCAGUGUCUGUGCUACGGUGAUAUCGCUGGCGGGCGACGUGGUGACUGUGGUGGUGCAGAAGAUUACGCAACCUGCUGGACAAGCACAAGCUGUUCCGGCAGAGCAGCCGAAGAAAGAAUUGUAA